AUGAGUAUUGGCAUCUUACUCGGCCUCGUACUUGUCUUGCCGAUUGUAUUAACCAUUGUUUUAGAUCCCCGAUUCUCCGUCGAAGACGCCACACUGACACGCUUCGCCCUCGCCACGAAACCGACCUCGCUCUCCUACAACCUCAGCACGGUUAUCCGCGUUCACAACCCUAACUACUACUUCGGCAUCUACUACGACCAGGUGCAGGCCCACUUCCUCUUCGAAGGCCAGCGGUUCGACUGGCUGACCCUCUCGACCUUCUACCAGCACCGAAAGAAGACUUACAAAUAUUAUCCUGUCAUCGGCGGGCAGUCUGACAUCACCCUGGGGAGCACUGGCCUCAACAACUUCAUGAGAGAAAACCAGACUGGACUCUUCAACUUGGAGGUCCGAAUCGACGCUUACGUACGAUUCAAGCCGCACAAGAACGGAUUCAUGAUUAAUGUCGUGAAAGAGUGA